AAAAAAAACCCAACAACAUCUGCCAGUCUCGUGCGAAAGGCGCGAGCAUAGAGCUGCUCGUUCCGAAGGGAGGCACCCUGCGCGUUCCCCGGUCUCGCUCCGUGGCAGGCUGAGUCACCGCUGGGGUGUCUGAAGGAUCGAGAGAGACACGUGGAGAAGCACUGAAGGAAGGAGUUGAGGCCGGGCUGUAACGCGCUGCCUUACAGAGUAAGAGAGACGAGGACGGUGGGAAAGAAAACCGAGAGAGCGCGAGCAGUGGCAGGGACCGAGCAACCCGCUGCAAGAGGCACAGCACUGGGCUAAGACCUGACCCCCUGACCCCCUGAAUCCUGAUCUGGGGUUCAACAUGAAUGACCAGAACGUGGUGAAAGAAGGAUGGGUUCAGAAGAGAGGAGAGUAUAUAAAGAACUGGAGGCCCCGGUACUUCCUCUUAAAGACUGACGGCUCCUUCAUCGGCUAUAAGGAGAAGCCCCAGGAUGCAGACUUUGCCUACCCCCUCAACAACUUCUCUGUGGCCAAGUGCCAGCUGAUGAAGACAGAGAGGCCAAAGCCCAAUACCUUCAUCAUCAGGUGUUUGCAGUGGACCACUGUGAUAGAGCGCACGUUCCAUGUGGACACGCCCGAGGAGCGGGACGAAUGGGUAGAGGCCAUCCAGAUGGUGGCGGAUAAGCUUGCCAAACAGGAAGAAGAAGGAAUCCUGUGUAGCCCCACCUCCCAGAUCGAGAUCGUCAACGAGGAGGAGAUGGACACAUCCAUCAGUCACCAUAAACGAAAGACAAUGAAUGACUUUGACUAUCUGAAACUGCUGGGCAAAGGCACGUUUGGGAAGGUGAUUCUGGUUAAGGAGAAGGCCAGUGGGACCUAUUACGCAAUGAAGAUCCUGAAAAAGGAGGUCAUUAUCGCCAAGGAUGAGGUGGCCCACACGCUGACUGAGAGUAGAGUAUUAAAGAACACUAGGCAUCCGUUUUUAACAUCGCUGAAGUAUUCCUUUCAGACUAAGGAUCGCUUGUGUUUUGUCAUGGAGUACGUAAACGGCGGCGAGCUGUUUUUCCAUUUGUCGAGAGAGCGUGUGUUUUCGGAAGACCGGACACGUUUCUAUGGUGCUGAGAUCGUCUCUGCACUGGACUACUUGCACUCUGCUAAGAUUGUUUACCGUGAUCUGAAGCUGGAGAACCUGAUGCUGGACAAGGAUGGGCACAUUAAGAUCACAGACUUUGGCCUGUGUAAGGAGGGCAUCACUGACGCUGCCACCAUGAAGACGUUCUGUGGCACCCCGGAGUACCUGGCACCCGAGGUGUUGGAGGAUAACGACUACGGCCGGGCAGUGGACUGGUGGGGGCUGGGCGUGGUCAUGUACGAGAUGAUGUGUGGUCGCCUCCCCUUUUAUAAUCAGGACCACGAGAAGCUGUUUGAGUUGAUUCUUAUGGAGGAAAUCAAAUUUCCCAGGACCCUCUCCGCAGAUGCCAAGUCUCUGCUCUCCGGACUGCUCAUCAAAGACCCUAACAAGAGACUGGGAGGAGGCCCAGACGACGCGAAGGAGAUCAUGAGACACAGUUUCUUUUCUACACUGGACUGGCAGGACGUGUAUGACAAAAAGCUGGUCCCCCCGUUUAUGCCCCAGGUGACAUCUGAGACGGACACCAGGUAUUUUGACGAGGAAUUCACAGCCCAGACCAUCACAAUCACCCCUCCCGAGAAGUUUGAUGAGGAUGGAAUGGACUCAGCUGAUAGUGAAAGGAGACCACAUUUCCCACAAUUCUCUUAUUCAGCCAGCGGGAGAGAGUGAGCUCGUUUAAAGGCGCCAGCAUUCAGCUGAGGCCAUUUAAGGAACUUGCGUAGCCAUGCUAGGAGAAGUCUGCCCUCGUUAAACACCCCCUCCUCUUUUCUCUCUGAUUACUUAUCGACUUUGAGAAGUUGUUUUGUUCUUUCAUUGUUUUUGUUGUUCCAUUUUUGUUGUGGGACUUUAAAAAGGGGUUUUGCACAGUUGGGUUGGACUGAACCUAGUCAACCCACAUAAAAAAAGUCUCGUUCGUUUUCAGCAUUGUUGUGGUUUACAGAAGGUUGUUUUGGUUUUGGUUGUUUUGUUUUGUGCAUUAAAUUAUAUCCAUCAGUAUUACCAUUGA